GACCCCCCCAUGGUACAUACAAGCCGAUUGACGUUUAGAAGCGAUUUCAAGUUAUAUUAUAGUAAAAAGUUUGUUUUAGUGUUCCGAUUACUAAAAUACUGAAUAUACCAUGAACCCUGUAGAAAGAGCGGCUCAUCCCUCAACAGCCCAAAUUCACGCACUAUUAAAUUUUUUGGAGAGGAAUCCAAGCCUUGCAAAAGGUUUUUCAAAAGUUCCCAGUGCAAGGGACACAGCCCGUAAAAGCUGGGAGAAACUGGCGCUUCAACUCAAUAGUUCAGGGGACUGUGUUAACACCUGGAAACAAUGGACUAAAUACUGGGCUGAUAAAAAAAGUGCUGUUAAAAAGAAGGGUGCAUUACGCUUUAGAACUAGAAAUAAGACUGGUGGCGGUAAAGAGGUGGUGGAGCUUUCGGAGAUUGAAGAGAAAAUAUUAGCCUUAAUGGGUGGCGAAAGUUUUGCCACUGGUGACAGGCAUUUAGAAAUUAAUCCAUUUUUUGAAGCCCAGGCUGGAAAGAGUCCUGAAAAUAGUCUCUCUUUGCUGGCUUCUACCCAGUUAAUAAGCCUAAAUCCAUUACCGUUACCAAUGGAACAGCAAACACAACACAAACACACAACACCAAGUUCUAUUGGAGAUUUUCCAGCUGGAAAUGUUCCUGUUGUAGAGGUAUAUACAGUCAAAACCGAAUAUAACGACAUCGUUUAUAACGACGAAUCGGUUAUUACGACCGAAUGGUAAGGUCCCGGCCGAAUCCCUAAUAAACAGUUAAGUAAACAUAUAGCCUAUAACAACAUCAGAUACAGCGACAUAUCGCUUAGAACGACGGAACUUUAUCGAUAUUCAUCGGCUAUACAGAAACAGAAACAGAAACAGAAACUUUUUUAUUCAAUAUAGAUUAUAAAUAAUACUUAUUGAAAGUCACUCUUUUGUUUGAUUACCACUGGUUCGGAAAAAACCUCUGUCCUGGGAAGAACCAGCAAGAAACCCAGCGGGACUUUUUUUUUAAAUAACAGCUUACAAUCAUGAUGUUACACAAAUUAACAACACAACAAAUUAGAAAUAGCUUGGUAGCGAUCACCUCAUUUCCAGGGGUUAUUAUCAUCCAUAAAUUCCUUAAUAUUAUAAUAACCCUUUUUAUACAAACUUAGUUUAAUAAAGUUUUUGAACUUUGAACAGGUCAAACUUUGUAUAUUUUCUGGAAUUUUGUUGUAAAAGCGUAUACAUCGCCCCAAGAAUGAAUUACUGACUCGAUGGAGUCGAGUAACUGGUACUACUAGCUUGUGUCUGUUCCUAGUAUUUACAGAAUGAAUAUCACUUAUUUUUGUAAAACUACUUUUAUUUUUGUGUACGUACAUUACAUUUUCAUAAAUGUAUUGAGAGGCCAAAGUUAAUAUAUUAAUUUCCUUAAAUUUUUGUCGCAGCGACUCUUUAGGCUUUAAAUCAUAAUGCUCUUAUGGCCCUCUUCUGCAAAACAAAUAUAAUUUCAGUGUCAGCUGCGUGUCCCCAUAGCAAAAUACCAUACGACAUUAUGCUAUGGAAGCAGCUGAAGUAAACUAGUCUAGCUGUUUCAACACUGGUUAAACUUCUAAUCUUUUUUACAGCAUAUGCUGCAGAACUAAGUCUGCUUGCUAGUUUUGAUAUAUGGGGGCUCCAUUGAAGCUUCGCGUCUAGUGUGAUUCCAAGAAAAAUGGUGGUAUCUACAAGACUCAGUUUCUCCCCAUUUAAAAUUACAUUAGUAUUUAAUUGUUUGACAUUUGGAGUCACGAAUUUCAUACAUUUUGUUUUAGUGCCAUUUAAAUGCAAAUUAUUAACAUCGAACCAAUUUACUAAUUUAGAGAUAGCAUUAUUUACUUCGUCAUAUUUUAGUAACUGUCGACUUAAUUUGAAAAUUAAAGAAGUGUCAUCUGCAAAUAAUACUAUAUCAUGGUUAUCCCCUACUAUGUAAGGUAAGUCAUUAAUGUAUACAAGAAACAGAAAGGGGCCGAGAAUUGAGCCUUGAGGCACGCCCAUUUGUACCAUCGAUCCGGAAGAGCUCAUAUUGUUAAUGACAACUUUUUGCGUUCUCUUACUUAAAUAUGAAAUAAUUAAUUUAAGGGCAUCACUUCUUACACCGUAGUGUUGAAGUUUCCUGAUUAAUGUUUCAUGGUGAACACAAUCGAAGGCCUUGGAUAGGUCACAAAAUAUACCCAAAGCAUCCUGUGAAUUCUCCCAUGCAUUAAAGAUAUAUUUAAUCAGCUCAACACCGGCAUCAGUUGUCGAGCGACCCCUUGUGAAACCAAAUUGAUUUUUAUGAAGUAAAUUAUUUAUAUUAAAAAAAUUUAACAUUUGAACAAGAACAAUUUUUUCAAAAAUCUUACUAAGUGUUGGUAGUACAGAAAUAGGUCUAAAAUUGGCGGGGUCUAAUGUACUACCAGAUUUAAAUAAAGGUAUUACUUUACUAUGCUUCAUUAAAUCAGGAAACACACCAGAUUCGAUACUAGUAUUAAAAAUAAUAGCUAAAUGAGGCGCGAUUGUAUCUAUUAUAGACGCAAUAACUUUAACGGAAAUCCCCCACAGAUCCGCAGUUUUCUUAACAUCAAUAGUUUUAAAAUAUUUUACAAUAUCUUUUGAUGACACUUUAUGAAAUGUAAAAUUCUUUGUACACACAUUUACAUUUUGUUUAAGUAAUGAUUCGGCGACGGCAGGAGAAGAAUUCAGUGACUUAGUGGUCAAGAUCGGAAUAUCAGUAAAAUAUUUCUCAAAAACCAUUGCUACGUCCUGAUCUGAUACAGUUAAUUUGUUGUUAACACUUAACUGGUAAUUUGAAUUGCGAGAGUUGAUCUUACCAUAACGACCAACCGUUGUGCUUGUAAAAUAAAAAAAUACAAACAAUUUUCAAACCUAUUCUAAUCUAUGAAGGAAUGUUUUGACUUAUGCCUACGCAGUUUUUUCCACCCCAUCCGACGUGUGCGCCGUAGUUACUGAGGAAGAGAUUCUUGCAGAAGUUGAAAGUAAUAAUCGUAACACUGAUGAAGAAAACGAAGACCCCCAAGAGCAGUUCCAACCAACAACACUAUGCGAGGCUAUUAAUGCUAUAAUAGUUUUACAAAAAUUUGUUGCUUUUAACAAAGAGUUUAAUGCUGAUGAUAAUCAAGCAAUCUUGACGAGAAUGAAACGUAAAAUGCAAAACACAUUUGAGACUCUGCUUAAAAAAAACAGACCAAAAUGACUGAUUACUUUAAAAACUUAUUGUAGUCUAUAAGCUGUACUGUUGGUCCUGCAAGUUUUUCAGAAUAAAUAUUUUUAUGUUUGUAUACUUGUGUAUAUUGCUUAUAACAACUAUCGGAUAUAACAUCCGAAGUUAUAUGGUCCCUUCAAUGUCGUUAUAUCCGGUUUUGACUGUAUGUGUUAUUUUGUCUGCAUACUAUUUAUAUUAUUUAUUUAAAUUUCUAUAUAAAUUAGGAUGUAGAGUGUAUGUCAUUGUAGUAUCUAGAUAGAAAUAUUAAAAAUAAUAUUCUAUGUAUAUUUACAUAAUAUUUUAAUACAAGAGUCUGUAAGUUAUCAUUAUUAUUGUUUCAGACAACACAACAGCAUGCAAUUGAAAGGCAGGCUAUUUUAUGCCUACCUGGAACAUCUGGGCCAUCUUCCAGGCCAAGUGUUGUUCGCAUGGUAUCACUAAGCCCUUUACCGAUGGUGGUCCAAUCUCCACCCUGCACACCACCCACAGUUGGAGGUCCUGCAAGUCCUCCCCCAACUCCUUCGGGUUCAGGCAGCCACCCACAUCGGCUAAGAAAUGCACGUCGCCAGUUGAUUGGAUCUCCAGUGCAUAAUCAUCCUCUGCUCAAUACAACAACAUCAAGACUUCGCCAUAAUUGUCGAAGUCGUGCAUCACCUCCAUCUCAACGGCGAUCACAAUUCACGAGUUUUUCGGAGCGAUUUUUGGCGAUAGAAGAACAAAAACUCGAAAUAAAUCGCCGUAAUUCGGAGCUUUUAGAAAUGCUCGUUAAUCAAACAGUGCAGAGCAUUGGAGAAGGAUUGAAAUUAUUGCAAGAGACUUUAAAAAAAUUAAUAUUUGUAAUAUUAUAAUUUUUAUUAAAAUGUAGUAUGGUUUUU